AUGUACAUAUCGGCUAGUACAAUACCACUAGGGGUUACCAAAGCUGAAUAAUUGAAUUAAUUUGUAGCUUUACCGUUCAAUUAUUGCAAAUAAGUAUUAAAUAUCAAGUUAGAGGAUGGAUUUGUAGUCACUGAGAUGAAGCUCUGCCUGUAAGUCUGAAAUCUGGGGGGUCCUCUAUCUGUCAUUACCAGGAUGUGCUAACAUGCUAACAGCAAUGCUCUUAAAAUCAUCACAUGUUUUAGGCAAAACCGCAGCUGGUUCUGUGACCUUAUAUGCUUUUAAUCUAGAUGAUUUCAAAUGUAAAAAUAAUCACUCAGAGUGACAUAAUAAAGUAGUUGUUUAAUACACGAGUCCCAAAAUCCCCCAAAGUGACGGCCGUGGCAGGCUGACAGGUGUGUGCGGUCCCGUCCUCCAUUUUGCUGAGUAUGAUUUUGUCACUGUGCUGUACGUGUAGUUGGCAAAAUCAAAAUGGAGGCUUAAGUUAUUAAAACUGAGCAGCUUUAAUCAUUGGCUGCUGAAACUCAAGGUUGGAAGAGCAGCAAGGAUUAAUGUCCUUUAAAGCAGAAAGCUUCAUAUCCACCCGGCCUGCUGUCACUGCCCCUCUCUCUCUCUCUCUCAGCUGAUCCCUCAUUUCAUCUCUCCUCUGCUGCCUUUUGCUCUUUCUCUCUUUCCAGCCAGCUGUCCAUCCCUCGUCCAUCAUCGCAGCCUUUUUUCUGCCUUCUGUUCUUCUCUUUCGCCCCAUAUUUCGCUUAUUUAUUUUUUUGGUUGAUUUUCCCAUCAUCUCUUCUUCCUCUGGAUCGGGGCGAGAUAUGAAGCGGCACCAUGGGUUUCAUGGAAUUCUACCUGGAGAUUGACCCCGUCACCCUCAACCUCAUCAUCCUGGUCGCCAGCUAUGUCAUCCUGCUCCUGGUCUUCCUCAUCUCCUGCAUCCUGUACGACUGCCGGGGCAAAGACCCCACCAAGGAGUACGCCCCCGACAACGCGCCGGCGCCGCCCAGCCAGUCGCCGAUACGCCUGGUGGUCAUGCAGAACUCGCCCGCCUCGUCCCGCUACGAGCCCAACAACACGGUCGGCCACGGCGAGCUGCCGACGCCAGACCUGAGCCGGGACAGAGGAGAAAGGGAGCGGGAAAGGGAGAGGGAGAAGAGGAGUACUCUGGUGUGAGGAAGAGGAGGAGAAAGUGGAGGAGGGACAACCAUGAAGUGCUGUUGUAUCACUUUGUACAGAGUUUUAAGUCCUGGGAUCUUAUUUUUACUUUUUAACAUCCCUGGAUGGUGUCGAUGAGCUGCUGUACUCAGCAGAAGGGUCUUGGCCACACCUGCUGAAAAAUAUUCCAGAAAACCCUUAAAUUCCCGCCAUCGGCCUCCAUCCUGCCUGCCAGCCUGAACUCUUGGAAGGACUUGAACUCACCAGAGGUUGGUGAAGAUCUGAUGUCGAGGUGUAACUAUCUUCUGGGACAUUGGAGAAAUGUUUACUUUGCCUCAUCAGGACCUGCUUCUUCAGUGACACACAGAGUUACAGUGCAGGAGCUGUGAUCCGUCACUACAUCGAGCUCUGAGACUUGAGCUGAAGGCGAACUCUAACUGAGGCACUGCCAGUUGGUGUCCAUUCUGCUGGACAGUCAUGGAACAGUUACGUAGCUUGAUUACAGAAAGAAGGACGUUAUGGUCAGUAACCACAGCUGGCACCAUCAUAAAGGUAGCUCCAUUUGACCUCAGUAUCCAGUAUAUUACUCUGCAGUGAACCAAUAACCAACUGCCGCUCUGCUACAAUGUGGAAUAGAUGAUACAUUACAACAGAUCUUUCUGUUCUUUUCAGGACAAAAACUCAAAUAAGCUUUUCUCAUUUUGGCUUGUUAGAAACAGGUGUAACUAAUAACCAGUCUCUUCAGGAUUUUGUGGGCUUUUUAGGGGGGAUUAUUGCGGCCUAAAAUGCCUGAUUUUACAGCAGCUUUUCUUAAAAAAAUCAGUGGUGAGGACUGCUAUGAUUUGUGAAACUCGCAGAAAACUACAAUGGUUGGUCAUUCUCAACGAUUGAUUGAGAAUCGCUAUCACAACAUCGUGAUUUCCUGGAGGGACUGUUUAACAUUAAGACCUGAGUGGAGACAACAGUCAGCCUUUGUAAAGGUAAAAACAGUUAAAAUAGCCAAGUAUGAUUAUCAUUCAGUGUAAAGAGAUUUUCCUCGACCCCUGUGGCUGUUCUGUCCCCAGUUUUCCUCGUUGUGGCUGUUUUUUUAAAAAUGUUUCUUUGUAAAAACACCAUAAUGCUGCUGUUCACAUCACUUUUUACAGGCUAACAGCUUAUCACUGUGAAAAAACACUUUUCAUCCAAUCUAUAGUGAUUUCUAAGGUUUCACCUCAGUUGUAAAAUUGACGCAAUGUUGCUUUUCUAUAGGAUGUAAAAAAACUAUUCAUGAAAAAUUUAAUUAAAUUUAAAUAAUUCCCAAAUGUAUCAAGUGAUGUAUAUGUAUAAUCUCUAAUUAAUCGGGUAAUCUUUUUAAUGAUGUAAUAUAAUUGUUUUUUUGGGAAAAAGGACGACAUCAGAACCUCUCAGUUCAGUUUAAAAAAAACAUGACCUUUUUACAUAUAUGUACAUAAAUCCUCCAGUAAAAUGAGCAGUUUAUUAUUGUCUGUAGCAGUUUUACUCCUUGACAGCUGGAGCGGGAAGGGAACUAAAAAGCUGAUCAGGGCCCUCAGCAACUAUUUAACAAGAUUAAAAUGUCUAUUCAUUUGUGUCAUAAUUUGAAUUAUUAAAGAGUUGGCAACUGCGAGAGGGCAGCAGACCCCCAGGGGCCCCAAAAGCCCCAAUGUUCAACUUGUGUUGUUUGGUUUUUAGGAAUUUGUCAGGGACUUUUUCAUUUUCUCAUAAAUUGGCCCAUCAAAACUUUUUUUUCACCUGUAUAAAUUUAGUUUUCAUUCCUGAAUAAAUGCAUGUCUGGGAGCAGAUACUGUAACAGGUUCAUUCGUCUACAGUCAAGGGAAAAUUAAUAGAUUUGUGGAUGCUAUAUUCCAUCAAUCUAUCCAUUAUCAUCCACUUAUCUGGGGUCCGGUUAUGGUGGCAAAAGUUCGAACAGGGCACUCCAGAAAAUCCCUCUCGCCUUCCAGCUACUCCUGGGUGAUCCCGAGGAGUUCCCAAGCCUAAUGUGAGAUAUGUCCCUCCAGCAAGUUCCCCGGGGUCUCCUCCCAGUUGGUUAUGCCCAGAAAAAAAAGAAAGGUGCCCAGGUCUGAUCAGAUCUGAACCACUUCAGUUAGCCACUUUUGACACAGUAGCUCUACUCCGAGGUCCCUUUGGAUAUCCAAGCUCCUCAGCCUAUCUCUGAGGCUUGUCCCCCCUCAGUCACUACCCAAAGCUCAGUUCCAAUGAGCUGGAACAUAGAUUGACUGGUAAAUCGAAAGCUUUGCCUUCUGCUCCCUCUUUACCACAACAGUCCCGAAAUAGGGAUUUGGGAACACCAUUGCAAAAUCAGUGAGCAUCUCUUCAAGCAAUAGUACGUUGUUUUAUGUAUAUUUUUGAUGUCAGAAUGGCGCUGCACAGGGCAGAUGAAUAUUCUAUGUUUCUAAAUGUCAGUAAUUGUAAGUAAUUGUUAUUGUGCACAUUUGCACUGUGGCAAACUGGCUUAAUCUCUCUUCCUUCCUGAAAUGACAAAAUCCUCCAUGACCAAAAAGCCUCUCGCCUCCCACGUCAGGCCAUCCCCUCUGCUCAUUGGCUCUGGCACCAUCAGACAGAUGAUCCAACCCAGAGUCUUUAGAGGACUCGUGCCACAGAGGCCCUCACAAAUCCUCUUACAUGAAAAAACAGCACACAGCCAGUUGAGCAACCCACCAAUGGCUGCAUCCCAUCCAUGAUAUGAAUUGCACAAUUAUCCACUCCCCUCCAUAUUCCAUGUUUGUGGAUUAUAUGGUGACCGCCGCAGAGUAUUAGGAGCAUGUAUUAUGUAUUUGUUUUUCCCCUGUGCAGUUUUUUGUCCGUAGGGAGGGUUAUGUAAGCUUCAGGUUGUCAACAGGCUGAGAUUUCGGCGUGUUCAGGCCUGACCUGACGGCUCAUCUGAUGCCUACAUGGGGCUCAGAGAUCGCAGCACGCAACGCUGAAAAGAUCUGACAAAAAACUGGACAAACAAACCCAUCUGUUUGUCUGUCUGUGACAUCAGAUGUAAUCCAGACUCCUGGGGGAAGAGUGGUACCAUCAGGGACUCCAUGAUGGUGCUGUAUGGUGCUUUUGAUAGAAGCAUCCGUCAAGUCUUCCAUUACGACUUAGUGUAUUCAGACAAUUAAACCAGUGUGAAAGAAAUGACGAGCUUGAAUAGGAACCUAAGAAGAAACCCAUGCAAUCAAUCUACCAAUGGCUUCUGAUAGUAGUCUUUCUAUAAAGGUUCUAACCUUUCAGUUUUCCUGUGAAAGUGCAGCAAACAGAGCAACAUUUGAAAUUUGAAGAACAUCUGAGACCUAAUGUCCUCUUCAACACCGAACACAAACUGCAUAAAAGCUGUAAAAUUUGAAUGUAUUGUUGUGGUGAUACACUGUAUAUGUCUAUAUACUACAUAAGUCAAAUACAGACUUGUGUCUUGUUAUUUUAGCUUCCUUGAAAAGGAGAUUUAACUCUACAUUUUGAAGCUGAUAAUGGCAGCCAUCAAAACGUGGCGGGACCAGAGUUUGGGUCCUAUGUUCCCAGGGUAUCAUGUUCCCAGGGUCCAAAGCUCCUGGGAUCCUAAAUUCCCAGUCCUAUGUUCCCAGGACUCUAUGUCCCUCAGUUUAUUAUUCUGUUAUCAAACAUAAACCUCCCUAUUGUGUUUGGGUCAAAAGCAGGGCUUCAAACAUGUUCUCCUUGGAGACACGUCUAGGUCCUAUCUCCUGACCAAUGGGUUAUCUUAAACCUAACCAUUCAACAAUUUCACGGGAACACCUACAUCCUCUAGUCUGUAAAUAAUGCACCUGUUAAUAACCAACUGUAUGAUCUGGGCUGAGAUAAACACCGAUCAGCCCUAACACUGUGAGCACUGACACCGAAUAACACUGAUUAUCUGGUUUAUCAGGGCUCCUGUCAGUGGGUGGGGAGUGAAGGCUGCCCCGUGUGGUCCGAUCCAACAGACGAGCUACUGUAGCUCAAACUACUGAAACAGUUAAUGCUGGUUCUGAUAGAAAGGGGUCAGAACACACAGUGCAGAACAAUCUGUUGGUCUGGGACCAGUCAGGGAGUCCAGUGCUCAUAAUGUUAGUGCUGGUGUAGUUUGAGACUACAGUUUAUUGCUGCUGCUAUACUGUAGCCCAGGGUUUCCCAAACGUAUGGUCGCAACCCAAAAUGGAUCUCAGAUCCGUUUUAUAGGGGA